CCUAGUAGAAAUACCAUUUGAUUUAGGUUGGGUUGGGUUAGAUUAGGUUAGGUUGUUGCGCAUACCAUUUGAAUUCCAGUCAACAUCAAAAAACGUAUUUAAAUUUUCGAAGUGUUACCCAUUUUUUUAAAUACGUUGCAAGGGUAUAGAAUCAGUAUGAACAUCCCUCCUAUUCAACAACCAGGAACAAUGGGAGUAGGACAAAUGACUCAACCUGUAAAUCCUCAAAAUCCACAGCAGACGCAACAACAGCAGGUUCAGCAGCAACAACAACAGCAACAGCAACAACAAACACAAGAAAAACUUGACAAUAUUUCUAAAGUUAAAUCAUUAAUUGGUCCAUUAAGAGAAUCAUUAGCUAUAGCCCUUAAAACUGCAGCACAUACACUGCACCAAAAUAGUUUAGUAGAUGUUGGAUCACUAAAGGGCAUUGACCAACCUGAUCACCGUUUCAAUAAAAAUAUGGAAGAAUUUUAUUCUAUUUGUGAUCAAAUAGAAUUACAUUUAAAGACCUCUAUAGAAUGUUUAUCACAGAAUUCCAGUUCUUUAAGAUACCUACCAGUGGCUGUCAUACCAACCCGUACUGAUACUGUUAGUGCUCAAGAAGGACCUGCUUUAACUUAUCCUCAAUUCUUGAUGACUGUAAGAGCACAAGUUGCAUAUGUUCGUGAAAUUCAUGAUACCUUAGUUUCUGCAGCUCAUUCAAUAGCAUCUGGUGAAUAAUUUAUUUUUCUUGUAUAGUACAUUACUUUUAUUACAUUAUUAAAUGAGACUGUAAGCAAUAA